AAAAAAAAAAAAAAAAAAAAAAAUCGCAGUAGUAAAAAAAGAGGCGCUGGCGAUUGAAUAACUAACAAUCUCACGAGAUUAACAGAUAUUAAGGACGGGAGAUUAAACGCAUCCCAUAGUUAUUAAACUAAACUGUAAUCCGAUAAAAAAACAACACACACGCGCGAAAGAAGAGAAAAAAGAGGAAUCGGCGUGUUGACAAAUCCGCGACAUCAGUUAUGUCACUAACUUGGCGUCGCAUAUUGGCUGGUUUUUUGACACAUUACCCCUACGUAGGUCUCAUAUCCAGCUAACAAGGUUAGCCUAAUAGCUAAACAGCGUCAAUUGGGGCCCCCUUCGGCGUCGUGUUUUCUUUCGCACCCGUAUUCCCAGAAACCCCGCCUCCAGCCCGAGGAACGCGGGAGGACGAUUGGACGAAUUGAACGCCAAUCAUGAAGCGCUAGCCAAUCCACGAAGAGGAUACGGCUUUAUCGGAAUACGGAUGGGGGAAAAAAAAAUAAAACGUCCAUUUUUUUCCGGCCUUGCCAGAUUCAAAGCCGGGCAGUCAGUGUCGUGAUUUGCAUACAUUCAAAUAAGCUGUGUGGCGAUGUAAACACACUUAGGUCAUUUCAACAAGCCGAUACUUUAUAACGCGCAUUUAGGCAGAUAAAAAAGGAUAAAUACCUGUUGCUUUGAAUUAAUGAGCGGAAUAAAUAGCUGGAUGUUGAUGCUCACGAGACACACAGCACGAGACAUUGUUUAGUUUAGUUUAGUAGGCUAAGAUUAUAAACUAAUACGACUAAUGAUAGUCGAACCAUCGUAAAAAAAAAAAUAAACGACUGAUUUAUGGUUAAAAUCUAAAACGCGAAAUGCGAAUUCGAUACAUGUUUACUAAAAAAAAAUAUUUUUAAAACGAAUUAUGGUUUAAUGAUAAAGACUAUAAACAGAGUGCGAAUGAGAGAGGGGGGUGUCCAACUAAUUAACACAUUAAACACCAAAAGAAAGUAUAGUCAACGGUUUGGGCAGUUCUUAAACCUUUAUGUAUGAGAAAUAAUUAAAAAAUGAAACAACAAUAUUUUUCUGUAGCUUGCUUAGAGAAAACGCACCAGACUGACCCCUUCAAACCCCCCUAAAAUGGACCGAACCAUUUUUCUGUAAUGUUUUUUCAUAUCACACACAUUUUAGUUAUUAAUAAACCGCAUUAUUGUACGUUUUUUUAAAUUCGUUUUUGUCAUAAUUCAGCUCAUAAGAUGUAAGACUACUGCUUUACUCUUGAACUUGACCUCUAGUACUUUUAUAUAUCCGAGAAAAAAACCGCGUGAAAGCGACAAACAGACCCCACAAACAUCCCAUGGGACGUGUUCCAAUUCACGCGAGUGUUCACUAGGUAGUGCACAUCUUAGGUAGGGUCACUCGUGUUUGACCAGCCUAGUGGACAGAUAUCCGUGACACUCCAGAAAAUCCCACAAUGCACUGCAGUAGAUUAGUGCCCAAAUGAUGCAGCAUGAUUCGCUUUAUACCUUAUGCACUUUCUAGGGAGUAGGGACAGAGGGUCGAUUUAGGACACGGGGUGCCUAUAGUGAUAUAAUUCGCACUCUGUUUAUCCUGUAGGUCCUCUAAUAUUAAUCUAACUAUUAAACUAAUUAUUAACAAUCCUGACCUUUCCACCUGCUUCCAUUGUGUCCCGUCACAAGAAACCGGUUCUGAUUUAAGUCAUUGCGAUAUGUUUUUUUUUUUUCUUCUUCUUCUUCUUUUUCUUUUCUUUUUCUUUCCUUCUUUUGUUCCUUUCACCACACCAUUUGCACUCAGUCCAUUAAGUCUGGAGCAUCAGUAGCUGGAGCUGUCAGUGUGUGUGUGUGUGUGUGCCAGGUUUAUCUGGAGUGUGUGUGUGUGUGUUGCAUCGCUGAUCAUUUCGAGUAGAGUUCUCUGUCUAGCGCACUCAUUCGUCCUCUGUGUGUGUUUUCCGUGUUUCUGUUUUAUUUGCGUGCGUGCAUGUGCGUCCUCGUCUCUGUGUGUGUGUGGGGGUGUGUGUGUGUGGGGUGGAUGUGUGUGUGAGGGCAGGAUGGAGUGGCAGCCGGACGAGCAGAGCCUCCAGCAGGUUCUCCUGCUGCUGAAGGACUCACAGUCUCCAGACACGGCCACGCAGAGAGCGGUGCAGGAGAAACUGGAGCAGCUCAAUCAGUACCCUGACUUCAACAAUUACCUCAUCUUCGUCCUCACAAGUCUCAAGUCUGAAGAUGAGCCCACUCGCUCUCUCAGCGGCCUGAUCCUGAAGAACAACGUGAAGGCUCACUAUCAGAGUUUCCCUCCCGCCGUGGCCGACUUCAUCAAACAGGAGUGUCUCAACAACAUCGGAGACCCGUCACCUCUCAUCCGCGCCACCAUCGGUAUUCUGAUCACCACCAUAGCAUCUAAAGGUGAGCUGCAGACAUGGCCCGAGCUUCUGCCUCAGCUCUGUAACCUGCUCAACUCUGAGGACUACAACACCUGCGAGGGUUCAUUUGGCGCCUUACAGAAGAUCUGUGAGGACUCGUCUGAGCUGUUGGACAGUGACGCUCUGAACCGACCUCUAAACAUCAUGAUCCCCAAAUUCCUGCAGUUCUUCAAACACUGCAGCCCCAAGAUCAGGUCUCACGCUAUAGCCUGUGUGAAUCAGUUCAUCAUCGGCCGAGCUCAGGCUCUGAUGGACAACAUCGACACCUUCAUAGAGUCUCUGUUCGUGCUGGCCGGUGAUGAAGACUCGGACGUGAGGAAGAACGUGUGCAGAGCGUUGGUAAUGCUGCUGGAGGUCCGUAUCGACCGCCUUAUACCGCACAUGCACAGCAUCAUCCAGUACAUGCUCCAGCGCACGCAGGACCCAGAUGAGAACGUGGCUCUGGAGGCGUGCGAGUUCUGGCUCACUCUGGCUGAGCAGCCCAUCUGUAAAGAAGCUCUAUCAGGUCACCUUGUGCAACUUAUUCCCAUCCUGGUGAAUGGGAUGAAGUACUCCGAGAUUGACAUCAUCCUGCUGAAGGGUGAUGUGGAGGAAGAUGAUACGAUCCCUGACAGUGAGCAGGACAUAAAGCCCCGCUUCCACAAGUCUCGCACUGUCACACUGCAGCACGAAGGAGGAGAAGGACAGGAGGACGAGGACAUAGAUGAAGAUGAGGAUGAUGACGACGACACUCUGUCUGACUGGAACCUGCGUAAGUGUUCAGCUGCAGCGCUGGAUGUCCUGGCUAACGUGUUCCGUGAUGAGCUGCUGCCUCACCUGCUGCCUCUGUUAAAAGGUCUUCUCUUCCACCCGGACUGGGUCAUCAAGGAGUCGGGAAUUCUUGUGCUGGGAGCCAUUGCUGAGGGCUGUAUGCAGGGCAUGGUUCCAUACCUGCCUGAGCUGAUCCCUCACCUGAUUCAGUGUCUGUGUGAUAAGAAGGCUCUGGUCCGUUCCAUCGCCUGCUGGACGCUGAGCCGCUACGCCCACUGGGUGGUGAGCCAGCCGCCUGAUGCUCACCUCAAACCCCUUAUGACCGAGCUGCUCAAACGCAUCCUCGAUGGCAACAAGAGGGUGCAGGAGGCCGCAUGCAGUGCAUUUGCCACUCUGGAGGAGGAAGCGUGCACCGAGCUCGUCCCCUACCUCAGCUUCAUUCUGGACACUUUGGUUUUUGCCUUCGGAAAAUACCAGCACAAGAACCUGCUCAUCCUUUACGACGCCAUUGGAACCCUCGCCGACUCUGUGGGACAUCACCUCAAUCAGCCGGAGUACAUUCAGAAGCUGAUGCCUCCUCUGAUUCAGAAAUGGAACGAGCUGAAGGACGAGGAUAAAGACCUGUUCCCCCUGCUGGAGUGUUUGUCAUCGGUGGCGACGGCACUGCAGAGUGGCUUCCUGCCCUACUGUGAACCUGUGUAUCAGCGCUGUGUCACACUGGUGCAGAAAACCCUCGCUCAGGCUAUGAUGUACAGCCAGCAACCGGAUCAGUACGAGGCUCCAGAUAAAGACUUCAUGAUCGUGGCUCUGGAUCUGCUCAGCGGAUUGGCCGAGGGUCUCGGAGGUCACGUCGAUCAGCUGGUUGCCCGUAGCAACAUAAUGACCCUCCUGUUUCAGUGCAUGCAGGAUACGAUGCCGGAGGUGAGACAGAGUUCAUUUGCUCUGCUGGGUGAUCUGACCAAAGCCUGCUUUCCUCAUGUUAAACCUUGCAUUGCCGAGUUCAUGCCGAUUCUGGGGACGAACCUGAACCCCGAGUUUAUCUCUGUGUGUAAUAACGCCACGUGGGCCAUCGGGGAGAUCUGCAUGCAGAUGGCAGGGGUAGAAAUGCAGCCGUAUGUGGCUCUGGUUCUUCCUCACCUGGUGGAGAUCAUUAACAGACCCAACACUCCCAAAACCCUGCUGGAGAACACCGCUAUCACGAUUGGUCGGCUGGGUUACGUGUGUCCACAGGAAGUGGCUCCGAUGCUGCAGCAGUUCAUACGGCCCUGGUGCACGUCGCUGAGGAACAUCCGAGAUAACGAGGAGAAAGACUCCGCCUUCAGAGGCAUCUGUGUGAUGAUUGGUGUAAAUCCUGGAGGUGUGGUGCAGGAUUUUAUUUUCUUCUGUGAUGCCCUGGCCUCCUGGGUCAAUCCCAAAGAUGAUCUCAGAGAAAUGUUCUACAAGAUCUUGCACGGUUUUAAGGACCAGGUCGGUGAGGAGAACUGGCAGCAGUUCUCGGAGCAGUUCCCUCCCAUCCUGAAGGAGCGUCUGUCCGCAUGCUACGGCGUGUAGAACCCACCCUACACACGCACAGCACGAUCACACGCUGUCAGCUGAAUCUUUAGGAGGGUUUUACCGGGGGGGAAACUCAUCCAUCUGUGUAUUGCACUGCCCUGAUCGUGGGGGAGAGGGACGCGAUUGGCCGCAUCCGCCUGACGGACAGCCCCCACGACCCUGUGUGUGUCUCCA